AUGGCUCGACAUCGGGACGUGAGAAAUAGGACAUUUUCCGAUGACUACGACUACGACGAUAUUUACGGUAAUUCAGUAGAAGAUGAAAGUUAUUUGUCGCCUAGUGAUAGUUCUCAGUGGAUUUACGAUCGAAGUCGAAAUCAACAGGCCAUAGCACACUUUAUGGAGAGCCACAAUAAUAUUCAGGAGGAAGCUGAAGAAGAUUUAGCCGCCUCGAGCCAUUCCACACUCGAUAGACGAGACUCUGUAGAUUUACGCAGCCUAAAUCUGGAUGAGGAGGAGGAAGCCAAACUCAUGUCAUGUUUAGAUGAGCUAAGAAAUGUUAUUGGUGAAACUGUUGCUGAUAAUAUACUCAUACAAACUGUCAUAAAACACAAAUUUGACUGUGCCAAAUCCCUUGACGAAAUUCUCAACAGAAAAAGUAAUGAAUCUGAUGUACCGAAGUCUGAGCCUGUAAAGACUCAACCAAUUGUUGUAAUAGAUUCAAUUAAAGCUCCUGUUAUAACAACUGUAGAAAAUACUCCAAAACUUAUAACAACAAAUAUUGAAGCAAAGAAAGUUGGUAUUGUCAAAGGAUUUAAAAUUAGUCAAAAUAGCAGUUCAGGCAGCGGUCCUCAGACACCUCGAGACCAGUCCCCAUGUACUGAGAGGGUAUCAAGGACUGAACAAGCUGAUGAAGUAAGAGUGACACCUAAAGUGAAGGAGAACAAACUUGAUCCAAACACUCAAUAUUCAAACGAGAGAGGGUCAGAUAAAGACCACUUAUACAUAGUCAUCAUUGGUCAUGUUGAUGCUGGAAAGUCUACUCUCAUGGGACGAUUGCUCUGUGAUCUGGGUGAAGUGAGUAAAAAAACAUUGCAUAAGUAUGAGCAAGAAAGUAAGAAAAUUGGAAAACAGAGUUUUAUGUAUGCCUGGGUGCUAGAUGAGACUGGCGAGGAGAGAGUCAGAGGCAUCACAAUGGAUGUAGGAAGAGCACAAUUUGAGACUAAGACUAAAAAAGUAAUUAUUCUUGAUGCACCUGGACAUGCAGAUUUCAUUCCUAAUAUGAUAACUGGUGCUGGACAAGCCGAUGUUGCAUUGCUUGUAGUUGAUGCUACUAGGGGAGAAUUUGAGUCAGGUUUUGAUCUUGGUGGUCAGACAAGAGAACAUGCUCUUUUAGUGAGAUCUCUAGGUGUGAGUCAACUGGCAGUGGCUGUUAAUAAAUUAGACACAACUAAUUGGUCAAAGGAGCGGUUCAAUGAGAUUACUAAAAAGCUGAAAGUCUUCCUGAAGCAAGCUGGUUUUAAGGACUCUGAUGUGACUUAUGUUCCAUGUUCAGGGCUAACUGGUGAAAACUUGAUAAAACCACCUACAGAGGCUGAGUUAUUGAAUUGGUAUGACGGACCCUGUCUUCUAGAUGUUAUAGACAAAUUGAAAGUACCUGAUAGACCUGUAUCAAAACCAUUACGUUUAUCUAUUAAUGAUGUUUAUAAAGGUACAGGCUCUGGGUUUUGUGUAGCUGGCCGUAUCGAAAAUGGCAUCAUCAAUAAAGGUGACAAAGUAUUGGUUUGUCCAAGUAAAGAAAUGGCAGAAGUUAGAGGCAUAAGUAUCAAUGAGAUGUCAAGUAAUGUUGCUUUUGCUGGUGACCAAGUGAGUGUGACACUAUCAGGAGUGGACAUGCAAAAUGUUUUAAUAGGAUAUGUGUUGAGUGAUCCUGUCCAACAAGUACCUGUAACUACAAGAUUUGAGGCUAGAAUUGUGGUAUUUAAUGUAAAAGUACCAAUUACAAAAGGAUUUCCCGUUCUUAUUCAUCACCAGUCCUUAGUGGAGCCUGCAAAUAUAAUCAAGUUGAAAUCAUUGUUAAAUAAAAGUACAGGAGAGUUACUAAAGAAGAACCCUCGUUGUCUGGGUAAUAAUUGUGUAGCAGUGGUUGAGAUCGAGGUUAGCCGGCCCAUUUGUGUAGAAAGAUACAAGGAUGUCAAAGAACUAGGGCGUGUAAUGCUCCGUGUUGGUGGUACAACAAUUGCUGCUGGUCUCAUCACUGAUAUAGUAAACACUUGA